AUGAAGGCCGUGCUGUCAGCGGCUAAGGGCCGCGCCUCCUUCAGCCAGGUGCGCUUCGGCGGCACCGGGCUUAUGGUCCACCGCGAGUCGAAGGACAACAACCUCGGCAUCAAGUUCAAGUUCACCGAGGAGAAUAUGAAGCGAAUUGAGGCGAUCAAGAACAUCUACCCGGAAGGACACAAAAGCGCGGCCCUGAUCCCGGUCUUGGAUCUGGCUCAACGCCAACAUGGAUGGCUGCCAAUCAGCGCCAUGCACGAGGUCGCCAGGAUUCUCGAAAUUCCACGCAUGAGGGCAUACGAGGUGGCCACCUUCUACACAAUGUUCAACCGACAACCCGUUGGAAAGUACUUUCUCCAGGUGUGCGCCACGACUCCGUGCAUGCUUCGUGGAGCCGAAACGAUUACUUCCGCAAUCGAGAAGAAGCUGGGAAUCCAUGCCGGCGAGACGACGAAGGAUGGACUCUUUACUUUGGCGGAAGUUGAAUGUCUCGGAGCUUGCGUGAACGCGCCUAUGGUUCAAAUCAACGACGACUAUUAUGAGGAUUUGACCCCGAAGGAUAUUGAAGAGAUUCUCGACGAGUUCAAGGCUGGAAAGCGACCAAUACCAGGCCCUCGUUCCGGAAGACUGGCUGCUGAACCACAGGGAAAGCUGACCUCACUGACGGAAGAUCCUCCAGGCCCCGGAUUUGGAAUGCAGCCCGGAUUG